CAUCUAUUUUUGACGGUCUGAGAAAUACUGUAGUGAAAUGUCUGUCGGACGAAAUCCCGAGUAGGAGGGGGCAGAAAGCAUGUGCUCCGGGAGGGAGACGGAAAUGAAAGGGGGUGUCCGAAGAGAAAUCCGAUCCCUUUAAGAGCAACUGUGACAUAGUCGUGCGAGGAAUAGGAGAGGAGGGGGAGAAGAAAGAGGAAUUUAAAAAGAAAAGGAAGAAAGAGACAGGGAGGGAGGAGGGAGAGCGAGCGAGCGAUAAAAAAAGAAAGAUGACAUCCUCGCAUUUGAACAGCCGAGGUGGAGCGAUAGGCUGCGGCCCGGAGCAAGCGCUCUUUGCCAGGGUCAGGGCUUGAAUCCAACAACGAGGCUUCGACAAACACCCGAUUGGCCUAUUGGGGGAAAUCGGACGAAUUUAUUAAUAAAUUCAAAAGCAUGAACUGCUACUCUUUCAGAUGCGUUUAUUAUAACGCUGUUAAUAGUUCGCAUUGUGCGUAAAAUGCAUUCAUUUAAUUUUAAAAUCGAGUUAUGUAUGACUACGGCUAUAUAAAUAACAUUUGAUUUUUGUGCACACAUAUUUGGUUUGAAAGUUAACAAUGCCAAAAGAUAUACGUUUUUUAAAAUAAUUGUGCUUUUCUAAAUUAAAGUUAGAAACCACAGUCAAAGAGAAAUAGGCCACUAUUGGAGCAGGCAAUUCCACUCAGGCAGACAGCCUAGUCAGCCUAAUCGUAACGCCUGCGUGAAUACGAAUAGCUUGAAUCCUUAAAUUAGUACAUGUUUUUGCACUUCUUGCUCCAUUUGAAUAUUGUUUACUUAGAUCUUCGCGCCUCAAUAGCCAAUAGGGUGAUUAAAGAAUAUGCCAACGAUUCACUGUCGAAUCGCAAUCAGGAUUACUUAACUGACUUUAUACUCUUCGUCACUUUGGUUCAAAAUGGAUGCUGCUUGGAGCAAUUUUCUCUUCCAGACUACUCCCACCCAAAACCAAGUGGAGGGGACCCUCCAAUCAGAACUCUUACCAGUCCAUACUGCCUCUCCUCAGACCCCUCCCACAGAGAACAUAGCCCAGCCUCCUUCCACGGUGGACACUGCUGCCCUCAAUGAAGAACCCUUACCUGCGAAGACAACUUCCCGGCCUGCCCGUGUGCCACACAUCUGUGCCAUAUGCAGCAAGCAGUUCAAGAACAACUACAACCUGCGGCGACACCAGUCGGUCCAUACAGGGGUACGCAUGAGGCGAGCAGGGGAGCAGGAGGAGGGGGCGAAGGAGGUUGGCGGUGGCGCAGGGCCGGCGCAGGCGGUGUCGGGAGAGAGGGCGGAGAGGCAUACGGUCCCCCUCUCCCUGCUUCACCUCUCCGUUCCUCCCCCUCUCCCCCCUCCCAGCAUGCUGGCGUCCCAGCUGCCAGCUCUGGGUAGUCAGGAUGGCGAAGGGGUUUCCAUGGCAAGCGUAGUGGCUAGAGUUAACCCCCAUGCUCCUCCUGCUGCUGUCGUCAUGGUGGCGGGGGCGACAGUACAGAGGCCAUCGAACCCCAACCCGAACCCCGUGCGGAAGAACCACGCCUGUGAGACAUGCGGGAAGGCUUUCCGAGAUGUGUACCACUUAAACCGACACCGUCUCUCCCACUCGGAUGAGAAACCCUUCUCCUGCCCCAUCUGCCAGCAGCGGUUCAAGCGGAAGGACCGCAUGAGCCACCAUGUGCGCUCUCACCAAGGCGGUGUGGAGAAACCAUAUGUGUGCCCUCACUGUGCCAAGGCUUUCUCCAGGCCUGAUCAUCUCAAUAGUCAUGUCAGACAAGUUCACUCAUCUGAACGACCCUUCAAGUGUCCGGUACUUGAUACAUGCGAGUCCAGCUUCGCCACGAGGGACCGGCUACGUGCUCAUAUGAUCCGCCACGAGGAGAAGGUACCGUGCCACAUCUGCGGCAAGCUCCUGUCGGCUGCCUACAUCACCGAUCACAUGAGGGUGCACAACCAAUCGCAGCACCAUUCCUGCCAUAUCUGUAACCGCAGCUUCACCACUCUGACCUACCUGCGCGUCCACGCCCAGAAGCACCACGGCCAGGAGUGGAAGGAGAGCGCUGGCGGCUUCGGCGGCACGGGCUCAAGUGGUGUUCUUGUGUGCCAGCUGUGCGGGGUGCACUGCAAGACCCCCACCCAGCUGCAGGGCCACAUGGGCACCCACAGUACUGGGGGCCAAGGGGGCUCCUCCGGCACUGUUACCGCUAGCGGGGCGUCCAGCUCCUCCGUGUCCCUCAGCAACAUGGUGUCAGCCCCAACCGUCUACGUCAACAGCAACGCAGUGGUGGACCUGCUGGUGUCGGACUGCUCCAGCAUACAACCUCAGUCCCACAGUUAGCAGAGCCGCAGUUGAACUUCAGCCACUUGAGUCCCUAAGACCCGUAGUAAUAAGAUUAGGAGGCUUGCUUAGGGGAGAGCCUCAGUUGUAAACUUUGGCCCCUCUGAGUCCCAUAGCUAGAGGAAGAGGGCGGGAAAUGGAAAGAGGGGUCUGGCUUAGGGGAGAAAGAGAGAGAAUAUUGUAGAGAGAGGAGGAGGGGGACAUUGUAUGUCCUGUACGCUGAUUCGAUGACGCUAGAUAACGACAAAUACAGACGUGUCCCCAACGUGGCUGAACUCUCUCGCUCUUUCAAUACUAUAACACUGUGGACUUGUCUGCUCUAUCCCUUUCCCUCCCUCCUUUCUCUCCCCCUUGCCCUCCCUCAGUCCCAGCAACUACUCCCCUCUGCUAGUAAUGCACCAUGUACUGUAACUCAAUGUCAGUCACACCAACCACCUCUCCUUUUGUUUAUUUUGUCGCUCUCUUCUCCAAACGUUCAUAAGAUAGCCUUGUAGUAAGCUGAGGAGUGAUGUAAUAGGAACAUGAUAUAACAAGGGGGUGUGUAGAAGAGUCGAAUUCUGAAAGAGAAUGAGAGGUUCAGGAGGUGAAUUGCACAUAAGUCAGGGGCUGCUAUCCUCCAGAAAUGAUGAGGAGUAGAUGUGACGUUUUAAUUGUGUAGUGCUGCGAGCGUAUGUAUGUAGUCUGUUUUAAAUAGGGCCACCGCUGGAUCUGGAGGUUAGUCCAUACCCACUGGGCAGACACUGGUUGAAUCAACGUUGUUUCCAUGUCAUUUCAAUGAACCAAUGUGGAAUAGACGUUGAAUUGGUGUCUGUGCCCAGUAUCGGUGUUUAUGAACAGUGGAGGGGUGUACUGCAUUGAGUGUCAAGCACCUUAAAAAUGUUGACGUUUAAUCCGCUGAAGGUUCAGACAGGUUUCGUAAAGAUGCAUUUGCUCUGCGUCUUCCUCUUUGGGCACAACCACAUUUAAUACAUAAUGGUUAUUCUUAUAACUGCUACUGUACAGCCACAUUCAUGACACCUAAAAACACCAUUUGCAUUAAAGUGAAGCUAGCUAAUACUACCUAGAAGAACGUUAGCAGCAGUCCCCCUUACACUAGAGAUGGUUGAAAACAAAUAUUUUAAGAAAAGUAUCGAUUGAUUCAGUCAAAUGAGUUGUACCCAUGUCUGCCAUUUUAUUUCUUUGUAACUGUUAUUGCCAUUGUGUUCUUUGUUUUGUUCCUAGUAUGAGUCCACCAUAUUAAAACUAAUUCAUUAACACCACCAUGUAUAGCACACAGCAUUCUGAAUACAACUCGUAUUAUAACUCACCGCUCUCCAUGAAUCUGAGAAAGAUCACCUUUCCUCAGAUAUCUUGGAUUGUUUGACUUUUUCAGUGGUUAAGAGUGAUGUCAUGGAAGGGCUUUAAAGGUCAUGUCGAGGUAAGAAUAUCCAGGAACUUUAUACUACUAGCAUUCGAUGGCCCACCCCUGGUAUGCUUUCAACAAAUCCUGGUUUUGUUGGGAAGUGCUUCAUUUAAUCAGUUUAGUGUUGGUAUGUUAUAUAUUUUUUUGAACGCUUCUAAUUAUUUAAUUUGGAGGCUUGUUCUUCCUGUUGAGAAAAGUAGCGUUUUAUUAAAAGUUAUUUUAGGUUUCCCGCGUUAAGCAACAACAAAAAAAUACCUCUAUUCUAGGAACCUGUACAGCUCUUGUGAUACAUCGUAAUGCCUUACUGUACUCAACUGCAUUUUAAUUAUUUUAUUCUGAACUAUUUUAAAUCUUAGUCAUGGAUUCAUUAAGAAUACUAAUGGGAUGUAUUUAUUAUAUUUUUAUAUUUCUCAACAGUAUGCAUGUCUGAACAGUUAGAGCAAAAAACAGUUGAUGCUUACCGUGAUCAUGAAUAUUACGUUAUUAUUUUGUAGAUGAAGUAUAGAGAUCAUGUUAUUAUUUUGUAAUUUUGACUAUUAAAAGUAAAAGGAGUAAACACA